UGAAAAGACUGUCCUACUGUACUUAAAAAAGAUCGCGGMGGUCUUUCACAAUUCUGUCUCGAGAAAAUUUGAAAACACGCAUUCCUUCUCCGACCGCAACAAAAACCAAAASCAAAACCAAACCCACCACCAUGUCCAGCAACGACGACGAGAAACCGGUCGCCUACCCCGAGGGCUACACCGUCCCCACCGUUUGGGAGCCAAAGUUGAUGGACGGAGUAAUGGGCGGGAUGAACCGGCCCACCGCCGGAAAGCGCUUCGACUCGGAGCUCCCCAGGGGCGAGCACGACCURCAGCUCUACUCGCUCGGAACGCCCAACGGGCAGAAGGUCACCAUCCUGCUGGAGGAACUCGGCGUGGACUACGACGCCUACACGAUCAACAUUAUGCAGCUCGAGCAGUUCGGAUCGGCCUUUGUGGACAUCAAYCCGAACUCGAAGAUCCCCGCCCUGCUGGACUACGCCCCCCCCUGCGAAAGCAGCRCCGAAAGCGAGAAGGAACCCCUCCGCCUCUUUGAAUCGGGAUCCAUCCUGCUGUACCUGGCGGAGCGCGAAAAGAAGUUCCUCCCCACCGACCCCCGCGCCAGGACGGAGUGCCUCAACUGGCUCUUUUGGCAGAUGGGAACCGCGCCCUACCUCGGGGGGGGCUUCGGGCACUUUUACAAGUACGCCCCCCUCAAGAUCGAGUACGCGAUCGAYCGCUUCGCCAUGGAGGCYAAGCGGAUCGUGGACGUCCUGGACAAGCAGCUCGAACAGAAGGACUACGUCUGCGGGAGCGAGUACACGAUCGCGGACAUGGCCAUCUACCCCUGGAUCCGAUGCCUCCACACYGGGUACAAGGGGACGGAGUUUUUGCAGCUCGAAACCUACGCCAACGUCGAGCGGUGGAUGGCGACCCUCGCGGAGAGGCCCGCCGUCCGGAGGGGCCUGCGGGUGAACGGAUUCGGGGAAGACGCGGUCAGGGAGCGGCACUCGCCCGACGACUUUGCGGAGCCGCCGGGCSAAGAAGCCUAGCCACCCGAGCGGGUGGAGCGACGAUGCACGGSACGCYGGGGCAUUCCAAGCACGGCAUUCGUGCAUCUGUGGUAGUGCUUUUCKUUUAGGAACUUCCGGAACUCAUGUUAUCAAUUUUAAGAACACGCCAGCGAAGCCUGGCAAACAAACUAGCAGAUACAAA